AUGAACACAGAUUACAGCGCAGAGGAUCUCAAUGCCAUCGUGGAGCUGGCUAGCGCAGUGCAGCGGCACUUGGUCGACGUACCAGACCAAUAUAAACUUAUUCUGCACGAUGCCAGGCGGCUCCCGAGUAAGCCGCUAAAGGAUGACGAUGAGAACUCUGAUAAUCCUGGACUGGAGCAGGAGAAAACCCCACAUGAUAUCUCCAAAAACGGUCAAGAUUUACUGCACGAGCUAAACGCAUACCUGGGGCAUUUAUAUGCCACCAACGCUCUGUCACAGCACGGAAAAGAAGGAUGCGUCGAUUGUAAGACUGCGAUAGGCGAAACUGUCCUCUUCCUUGCCGCGAAGCAGGGACUGAAAGAAAUUGUCCGGUUCCUCCUGCAGCAGGGGGUCUCUAUUGAUCCGAAAGACAGGGCGGGCCGGACUCCCCUGCAUCAUGCAGUGGUAAAGGACCAGAAAGAAGUAGUCCGGAUGCUUCUCGCAGCCGGCGGUGAUAUAGAAACAACGGACCUGGCGGACCAUAUCUUAUUGAUGUUCGCAGCGCCGCGCAGAGACAACAGGAAGAACAGAUCGGGCCACACACCGCUGAUAGCCGCAAUCGAAGCUGGGAAUGAGGCGAUGGUCAAGCUUCUCCUGGAUGCGGGCGCGGACCCGAACCACACUACUGAUGAUUACGCCCCAUUGACGUCGGCGAUUAGAGCUCAUAGUAUGUCCAUUUUCACGAUAUUGCUCGACAAGGUCUCCGAUCUAGACCAUGCGGAUGGAAGGGGCGAAACCCCGCUCAUGCACGCUGCCAAAUGGCACGAUGGGAUGGCGAAGCUCCUCCUGGAGCGAGGGGCAAGAUGGGACGUUGAGAAUAGAAACGGUGAAACUGCGAUGUCCAUCGCUUCGCAACAUGCAAAUGAGCCGCUGCUCAGAUUGCUCCUGGACAAGAUUCCUGGACAAGAGUAUGUGAAUGCAAAAGGCCAUGGCUUGCUCCACUUUGCUGCAGAGAGCAAUCUAGAAGGUGGAGAUGAAUCAAUGGUUCGCUUCCUCCUGGCGAGGGAGGGAUUAACUCACGACCGGAAAGUCGCGGAUGCUCAAAGCGGGCUGCAAGGCGCCGCAUGGAGGGGGUAUACUACCAUAUUGGACAUACUGCUUGGGAUAUUUGGCGUGGAUGUUGACGGCAAGGAGGAGGGCGGCUACACGGCACUCUGGCUGGCUGUUCGAUGGGGCAGAGAGGCCGCUGUCGAGCUCCUUCUCGAUAAAUAUAGGGCCAACACCGAGGUUAGUAAUGGUGAGAUAAAAUGGACAGCAUUGCACGGAGCUGUCUAUCAUGAGGAACCGGACAUGGCGCGGAUGCUCCUGACGAGGGGUGCCAAUCCCAACAGCAGGGACCGCCACGGUCGAACUCCGCUAUCCUGGGCGACAAAUAUCAGAUGGCAAGUCUGCCGUGAUGGUAUUGCUCCAACAAUAGUGCCGUUGCUUCUUGAAGCAGAUGGAGUGGAUAUCGACAGCCGAGACACGUUGGGCCGGACGCCCCUGUUCUGGGCUCUCCUAUCCGCCAUCUAUUUGGUGGGCGCCCCCGAGAUGGUGGACAUGACGCCCAUAUUCUACGCGGCAAUGGUGAAGCGUGCGGUGCUGGUCCAAAUGUUCCUCGAGAAGGGCACGGAGCCAGACUGCAAGGAUGCUGACGGUAGGACACCGCUUUCCUAUGCAGUGGAACCAUUCAAUGUUGGUUGGCUCGCGGAGUACAAAGGUGAAUCUGAGGAUGAAUGGGAGCCAGAAUGGUCUGGCGACCAGCUGAGCAGGGUGGUUACAACUCUUCUUGAGCAAGGUGCAGACCCAGGUUAUCAAUUUUCACAGGGUCUAACACCACUCUCACGCGCAGAAAAGAAGCUUGAGGAGGGGCAUGAAGUUUUGGUUCUGCUUAGGAAUGCCUCCGCUCGAGGGUCGAGCUUGUGA